AUGAGCGGCGAUAUGAAGAAGAGAGUGUUAGUCACCGGCGGGACUGGUUUAGUCGGUUCUGCGAUUCGAGAAGUCAUCGAGUCAGAAAAACCAUCGAACGAGGAAUGGUUUUAUAUGAGUUCGAAAGAUGCGAACUUGUGCGACCCGAAAGAAGUUUCCGACAUGUUCGAUAAAUUUAAACCAACGCACGUGAUUCAUUUAGCCGCGAAAGUUGGUGGAUUAUUCGCCAACAUGAAGUAUAAAGUUGAGUUUUGGAGAGAGAACAUCAUGAUGAACGAUAACAUCUUUCAAGAGUGUCAAAAGAGGGGAGUGGAAAAGUUAGUCUCGUGCUUGUCCACGUGUAUUUUUCCGGAUAAAACAACCUUUCCAAUCGAUGAAACGAUGAUUCACAACGGACCGCCGCACUUUUCCAACGAAGGGUACGCUUACGCCAAGAGAAUGGUGGACGUGCAAAACAGAAUGUACAAAGCGCAGUUCGGGUGCAACUUCACCGCGGUUAUUCCGACGAACAUUUUCGGGAAGUAUGAUAACUUUCACCUGGAAAACUCGCACGUCAUCCCGGGGUUGAUUCAUCGAGGGUAUUUAUGCAAGGAAAAAGGAGAGGACUUUGUGAUUUGGGGAUCCGGGACACCGUUGAGACAGUUUAUUUUUUCCAUCGAUUUAGCAAAGUUGAUGAUUUGGACGUUGCGAAGUUAUGACGAGGCGGAUCCGAUUAUUUUAUCCGUCGGGGAAGCGGACGAGAUGACGAUUAAAGACGUCGCAUACGGAGUGUCUCGGGCGUUGGGUAUUCCAGACGAGAAGGUUAAAUUCGAUACGACGAAAGCGGACGGGCAAUAUAAAAAGACGGCGAAUAACGCGAAGUUGAUGAAGUUGAAUCCGGAUUUUAAGUUUACGCCGUUUAACGAAGCCAUCGAUACGACGGUGAAGUGGUUCUUGGAGAAUUACGACAAGGAAGGUGGGAUUCGAAAGUAA